GCCGCCGCCGCCGCCGCCCCGCCGCCCGGCCUCCCCGCGAGCGCUCCACCAUGGACAGUCCUGUUUUCACCUUAUAAAGAUGGCGGUGCGGGAUCGCUGCAACCUUUAGACUAAUGACUGUCCGAAACAUCGCCUCCAUCUGUAAUAUGUGGUUUAAAGAACGAUGAAGAUGAUACGCUCUUGGAAGCAGCCACUAAUAUAAACAAGCCCACGUUCACUUAUGCAAAGUUCAUUUAUGCAAACCAAGCCGAAAGGCAGUAUACAGAGGCUGGGAUGUGAAUCCUUAACCCCGCCCCUUAUAAAAGACUGCUCAGGUCACCCCUGCCCCUCCCCGUCUCACUUCCCACGAGAGAAGGCUUGGUGAUGAGGAGUCUGCUGUCUUUUCACCUGAUCAAUGUACAUUUUCACCAGACCCCUCUUUAGAUUCUUCACUGGAUGAUGAAUUGUUUCCAGGGCACCAAUGCCUCUGCUCUGGAAAAAGACAUUGGUCCAGAGCAGUUUCCAAUCAAUGAACACUACUUUGGAUUGGUCAACUUCGGAAACACGUGCUACUGUAACUCUGUGCUGCAGGCAUUGUACUUCUGCCGGCCGUUCCGGGAGAAUGUGCUGGCAUACAAGGCCCAGCAAAAAAAGAAGGAAAACUUACUGACGUGCCUGGCAGACCUCUUCCAUAGCAUCGCCACGCAGAAGAAGAAGGUUGGCGUGAUCCCACCAAAGAAGUUCAUUUCGCGGCUGAGAAAAGAGAACGAUCUCUUUGAUAACUACAUGCAGCAGGAUGCUCACGAGUUUUUAAAUUAUUUGCUAAACACUAUUGCGGACAUCCUGCAGGAAGAGAAAAAACAGGAAAAACAAAAUGGAAAAUUAAAAAAUGGCAACAUGAAUGAACCUGCAGAGAAUAAUAAACCAGAACUCACCUGGGUCCAUGAGAUUUUUCAGGGAACGCUGACCAAUGAAACUCGAUGCUUGAACUGUGAAACCGUUAGUAGCAAAGAUGAAGAUUUUCUUGACCUUUCUGUCGAUGUGGAGCAGAAUACAUCUAUUACCCACUGUCUGAGAGACUUCAGCAACACAGAAACACUGUGUAGUGAACAGAAAUAUUAUUGUGAAACGUGCUGCAGCAAACAGGAGGCCCAGAAAAGGAUGAGAGUGAAGAAGCUGCCCAUGAUUUUGGCCCUGCACCUGAAGCGGUUCAAGUACAUGGAGCAGCUCCACAGGUACACCAAGCUGUCUUACCGGGUGGUCUUCCCGCUGGAGCUCCGGCUCUUCAACACCUCCAGCGACGCCGUGAACCUGGACCGCAUGUACGACCUGGUGGCUGUGGUGGUUCACUGCGGCAGCGGUCCUAACCGUGGGCAUUAUAUUACUAUUGUGAAGAGUCAUGGCUUCUGGCUUUUGUUUGAUGAUGACAUUGUAGAGAAAAUAGAUGCCCAAGCUAUUGAAGAAUUCUAUGGCCUGACAUCCGAUAUAUCAAAAAAUUCAGAAUCUGGAUAUAUUUUAUUCUAUCAGUCAAGAGAAUAACUUAAAGACCUGCGGGACUAAUUCAAAUGGGGGGAAAUGUUCCAAGCACUCUUCCGUGGUUUCCCUGCACACUUUCCUCCCCAGCGGCCCACCAGGGAUAUGACGCCAAGUCCGACGGUCUGGCUCUGUUAGACUUUCUCUCCCUUUGGUUUUUUUUUUUUUACAUGCAGCACUACUUGUGGUUUUAUUUUAGUCUGAGGUAGAGUUAACUGCAAUCAGAUUGUAGUAGGAUUUAUAUGAGUAACAGUUGCUAAUUUUGGGAUCGGGUAAAUGCCCCACCACUGGCUGUGUCUGGCUGAAGCCGAGUGACAUUUCCUGCGAAUGUCUACAGUCUGUUUUGGGUCUCUGCUGAACGGCCUAAAUGCCUCCCGGGAUCGCGUCUCAGUGCAUUCCUUUAACUUGUCCCUGGAAGCACCGCUACCCAGUUUUUGCUGCUGUGCCUCUUUUCUGCCAGGAGGACAGAAGAAUUGGGUAGAUGUUCACCUUUUAGGGCUGCAACUAUAGCUUUAAGUUUGUGCAAGUGAAAACAUUGACGAGUGAGUAACCUCAAUACUAAGACCAUCCUCCAGGUGGAACAGGGUGAAGAGAAGCUGUUCCUGGGGGCUUGCGCCUGCCCCGGGCUGUGCUCUCUGUCUGCCAGCCUUGAGAAUCCCCGAGGCUAGAAAGGUAGGAAGCUCAGGGCAGGCAAAGCCAAGAGGAGGAAGCUUUCGUGGACAGUGAGAAGUUACGUUUCUUAUCUUUCUACCAAAACCACGCGUCAGGAAAAUAACCCUAAGCUGUCUGUUCUUAGUGACCUUCAGCUUCCGUGAGGUCCUGUGAGUCGUAUCUGUCCUCUCUCUGGCACUGCUAAGCUUUCCUGGGUGUCAUUCCAGGCCUGCUGGUGUUUUGCAGUCUGUGGUCGCAGGGCUAAGACACCAUGGUGACUGCUUCCGGCCCAGCUCUCCUUGGCCGGUCAGCACCCACGUCCUUCUCUAUCACCACCAUUGGCCGCUUGGUACAGCUGUUGGCUUUUUCACAUUUCCAUUUAUUGAGGUGCUUGGCGAGCCCUGGGGCUAAUGUGGAACCUUCCCUAGAGGGAUUACUGGAGUUAGCUGGGUGUGAAUGUGGGUCAGAGGAAGUGUGAGUGGGUGGGCGGAGGAAUGAACAAAAUGGUGGCGUCGCUUUGGCUCAGACUCCUAGAAUGCUUGACAAGACAGUUUUUGGAAGAACCUCAUCUCACUAGAGUUACUUUUACUUUUUCACUUUUGUUAUAUAUGUAUUUAUUAGAUCAUUUGAGUAUUGGUACCUUUUAUCAAAAGGGUCAAUUUGGUGUUUUGCUGUUGAGCUGGUUUUUGGAUUCUUACAAAUAACUAUGAGUCCUAGAUCUUGGCUUCCUUUGGGAAGUCAGUUGACUUCCAUACACUAUAUAAUAUACUGUGAACGUAUUAUUUUGUUACCUAAUAAAUCAGCGAAUGAACAUGCAGAUGUUUGGCAUAAUGUGAACUAAAAUUGAAAUCGAAAAUGUUAGCGGCCAUUUUGUAAAAUGAAGAGCAUAGCACUUUAUCUAGAUGAAAACUGGAUUCUUGUUUUUGACAUAUCUUGAACUGUUUAUUGCUCAGAACUUAAAUAAGCAUGCCGACACUUCAUCUGUUCGUGCUUGAAGUGAAAUGUUUUACUUUUCACUGGAGAAGACAAAAACAGGGUGAUUUCACAUUAUUGUUUUAUACAAGUGAUACCUUGCCUUGUUUAGAGGCAAAUUCAUAUUUAUAAAUAUUUUGUCUUUCUUUCCCUCCAUGAAACAUAUGCAGUAAUCAAUUACCUGGAAGGUGAGUAUUUAUUCUGUUUUUAAGGAGAGACACUUUGCAAUUGAAGGUGACUGAUACAAGGAACUGUUUGUACUAUAUAUAACCCAUAUAUUUGACUGCAGGUUGCAAAGUUUUUUAAAAAAAAUAAUGGUUCAUAUCUAAUAUAUUUGGAACUGAUUCAUAAGAAAAACUAUUAAAAUUAUCUUUGAAAUGACUCUUGAAGCUAAUUUAUUAGAAACAAGAAGUUUCAAUUGGAAAGCUACAGAAGUAAUAUCUAAGUGCUAAGUCAUAGGUUCAGUGCAUUUUCUUUAUUAUUAUUAUUAAUACUAUGUUUUUGUACGUGUAAAGAGUUUUUCCCAGUGACUUAAGAGAAGAAACUGAAAGGGUCAGUUAGAAUUCAGUAUUCCUGGAGAGAGGUUAGGAGUAAAGAACAAGUAUGGAAGGUAAUGCAAAGGCAUUAAAAUGGUUGUGUGAUGCAGGAAAAGAAGAUUGGAGAAAGACCAAAACACACUUAUCCACCGACACUCCAUCAGAUUUUUAAACUUUAGAGCUAUCUGAUCAUUUCUUUCCUCUUCAAUAAAUGAACAAACACUAGGCAGCUACAUUUCCCCCAUAUCAUUUCACUUUAUGUAAAGACAGUAGCAUGCAAACACUUUAUUUUUCAUCCUCCCUCAUUGUAUAAAGCAGAGAACGGUGUGAGAUGUGAGACCUUCCUGAGGUCAACGAUAGCACAAAGACUCAGCAAUAUUCCCUCAGAUCGCCGGGGUUUUGUGUGUCGUUUCCUGGCAGGAGUUAGAGUAGGCCUGCUGUAUUUCUUUUAAAUGCUGCAGGUUUUAGAAUAAGUCACAGUGUUUUACACUUAAAAGAGAGAAAACAUAUUUGCUUUAUUGGUUACUUACUAGCUGAGCAUAGAGAUGUAUGGUACAGUUUGCUAAAAAGACAUUUGUUUAAAAGCCUCUUUUGGCAAAAUGCUGACAUCCAGUCCGGUUACACGGAUGCAUUUUCCAUUCCAAGGCAGCAUGAAGUGGGCUGGUUCGCAGAGAGCCAAGGAACAAUACAAGAGGGUGUUGGUUCGAAUCGGAAGCCAGUCGUAUUUGGUUUUGCGGCCUGGCAUAUUUUGGAUUUCAGAUGAAAUGGAAAAAAAAAUGACAGGAAUGGUCCCUAUGCAUUUAUUUUCAUGGAUAUGCUUAAUUUCAUGGGCAUGCCUAACAAUGAACUAUGUUCUAACUGGAGCUUAGGACUUAUUUUAGAUAUUGGAGUGUAGCUUUAUUACAGAUGGAUUUUAUCUUUAAACAUUGCAUUUUGAUCAACUUUGUAUAUUCACGUGUAUUAAAAUAUCGUGCCCUUAAUGUUUUGCCCUCAUUUGCUAUUAUAUGGUCAAGGCAUUUAUCAGCACUAUUGUGAAUAACUCAUGUAAAUGGCAUGGAUCAGGGAAAAUUAUUUCCUACUUUUCUGCCUAAUUAAAUUUCUGUUUUCCAGUAUUACAUUAAUUUAUUUUUGGCUCCCAUUUCUUUGUAAUCAAAAUAGUUACUGUAUUUGUGUGGCAUUCAUUUGAUUUUGUUGCUAAAAAAAGUUUAGUUUUUAUUUAAAAUAAUCUGUACCUUAAUUUUCUUUUCAUGUAACCAAUUCAAGCACUUUAAGCAAUAACGUCAAUCUUGUGAAAGUUCAGUUUAACACCCUGCCUCUAAAAUUGUUUGCAAAAAAAUAAAAUAGGAAUUCUCUUCCUAGAGAAUUAUAUCUUAGUAAUGUUACACACAUGGACUUAAAAUCCUUUUUAUAAAAUGUGAGUUAUUGGCAAGUCUCAUGUCCGGGUAAUCAUUCCAAACUUAAUUUUGAAGCAGUGGAAAUGUAAAGAACCUUCUGGUUAUUGUGAUUUAUAAAUGCAGUGCUACUGUCAAGGUUGAUAAAGUCGGUAUUCUGAAGGUAACUCAGUCCUGUUUUUGAGUUAAAAAAAAAAAAAGAUCAACAGAAGUAAUCCAGAAACCUGUAUUUGGGGAAUAGCAAAUUGAGGCUAUCAGUGGGGGGGGAAAAAUAGGUUCAGGUGUAUUAGACAUCACAGUGAAUUCCUUAGCUGGGACUCUGCAUAUAAAAAUCACCUUUUUACCAGUUAUGAAAUAGAAGAUCCAUUCCGCAAAUAAGAAAGUGGCUUCCAGAAUCUGGUUUCUAGGCCCGAGCGGGAGUGUGAUCCUGGCCCUCUUGUACUGACAGCCAGCCCCUAGGCUUCUGGGUGGUUUCUGAGCUGUGGGGGCCCCCCAGCGGGGUGCACACCACUCCCUACAGGGGCCUGCCAGGGUGGGAGCAGCAUGUUGUCUCCUUCCCGAGACUAGAGCUUGCUGUUAAGAUGCUCAAGGCUCGGCCCCUGCUCCCCAGGCCAGUCCCUUCAAGGAGUCUAUGUGUGGGCAGGAGAUUGCCAUCUGAAUGCAUUUGCCUGGGCCCAAUUAUGGGAAAUAAAAACAGACCAAUUUCCAUCUGUCUUCUCUCGGGGCAAGUCAGCCAAACCUGACUGAACUGGGAAGCCACCUGGAGCCACCGUGACUGUUGUAGGAAGGGAAGACCUUAGGAAAGUCUCUUUUCUAGGCCUGGUUCUGUCCAUCUGUUAAAUGGGGUUAUGCGGGAUAGGUGUGUCCCCAGCAGCAGAACCCAGUUUCUGGGGAAUGAGAUGUGUUCUCCAUUUAUCCGCCAUUUCUGUACAUUGAUACCUAAAACACCUUUGACAGAACGCAGCCUUCCUUUACCUCUAUUUAUUUACAUGCAGAUAAAAAUCCUUGCGAAGUCAUUUCCCCCCCUGAGGGAAGAUUUUGAUUGUGGGGAUGGUACUAAAGACAAACCACUUAGACUUGUCCUAGAGAUGCCCCAAGUGGAGAGAUUUCUAGUGAAGUGAUUAUUUAGCACCUGUUACAUGCCAGAUUUGUUAGGAGUCGGGGGGACAACAAAGGGGAGCAGAGAGGACCCCCUUUCUCAUUGUUUACCUCAGGGGAAAAAAAGGUCUGUGGAAAAGAAGUUUAAAUUGUGGAAAUACUGCGCCUGAGGGGAGUUCACAGCUGAGCACGGACUGGGUCUGACAGAGCGGUUGGGCGGUUAGAUAAAGCAGGCCCAUCCCUUUCUUCCCCGGGGCCCCUUUUGGAGCCCCACUUGCCUCCCUCCCUACGCCUCUGAGGGACAACACAUUUUUUAAAAACAGUGUAAAUCUGUUGUAUUGUAGCAAUGACCCUGAGCAUUUUGCCUCUUAAUUUCAUGUCAGAGGAGCCAGAAUUUUGAAAGUCUUAACAGAGGGUUUUAUGAAUAAAAUAAACAAUCCUUUUACAUUACUACCAGAUAGUUAACAGCCUGUCCAAACGUUAGCAAAACCGACCCGGGCAUGAGCGUUUCUAAGCUGUAUGGCUCAGUGACUUUAUUGACUUACCAACCUGUGUUCUCCUUUUUGAGCUCCCUUAUGUUUUCAAAGUGCUUUGAGCAAAGCACGUGAGGAGCUUACAAACAAAUGAGAAGCUUCAUUUUGGUUGUGAGACACCUGUCAGAAACGACAUUAAAUGUUGUAAAGAGAAUUCCUAAUUUUGUGCUCAUUUCCCACACAAUGAUUCAUAAUAAAGUACUAACGACCCUGGGGUAUCUUAGUCAUGUUGUGAGCUGUGUCUUCACUUUCUCCCCUGCCUUGAGUGAGCACAUGGGCUCCAUUAAGGCAGUGUGAGGUUCCACUGAGGCUCUCCUUGAGAAGGUCGGGCACUUGGGUGGGUUGAAACCCUAUUUUGUUUUCUUACCUCCUCCUCGUACGGAGCUUGGAGAAGAAAACAUAGCUAUGGAUUUGACUUGGCAGGAGGCAAAAUAAUUUGAUAGUUGAAGCCACCAUUUCUAUGUAUUUAACCAAGUUCUGUGAUUCAACUCAACUUCUUUUGGUAUUAAAGAGUCUUUCAGUUGACCUUGCCUGAGAGAACAUUCUGUGCUGAGAUAACUGAAAAUAAACACAGGAACAAUUUAAGAGUGAGCCUUCGUCCCUCCUGAAGCAAGCUAAAUAUCUUCACUAGAGAGCUCAUCUCCAGGUUGAGAAUUGCCUGUAUCCCACGCUGAGGGUUAGAAAAAUAUUUUAUGAAACCUGUGUGAAGACUAAUUCUCUGUCCCCCUCCCCCAGAAUAAAUUGUUU